AUGCCCGAUCAAGGUACUAUCCAAGUAGCUCAACCUAAGAAGAACAUCCUCCUUCUCAUUGCCGAUGAUCUAGGGAAGAAUCUAGGCUGUUAUGGCUCCGCCGUCCACUCCCCCAAUAUCGAUGCGCUUGCCUCUCAGGCAACGCUUUUCACGCAUGCUUUCACAAGCACAGCAUCGUGCAGUAACAGCCGCUCAGUUAUUUACACCGGUUUACACACACACCAGAGUGGACAAUACGGGCUCGCAGGAAAGCAGCACCACUUUGUCAUCUUCGACAACAUCACCACUUCGCCGGCUUUCUUCCGCGACAAUGGCUACCUGACCGGCUUGAUUGGAAAAAUACACGUUGGUCCGUACUCGGCCUAUCCGUGGCAUGUGCAGAAGGAAAGUUCUACUCGCGAUGUUGCGUGGGUUGCUGAUCAGGCAGAAGAGUUUUUCGAGCAGGCGACGAAGGAGGAGAAGCCGUUUUUCUUGACCGUUGGGUACAUUGAUCCUCAUCGCGAUAUGACCCGUUCUGGGUUUGGGAACCAGGACAUCUUUGAUGCGAGGACUAAAGACGUUCCCUAUGACCCUGCGAGUGUGGAAGUCCCCCCGUAUAUCAACAACUUGGAAGAAUCGAGGUUCGAGUACUCGGAAUAUUAUCGUGCAAUUAGCAGACUUGAUCAAGGGGUUGGAUUUAUCCUUGAGAAGUUGAGGGCAUCGGGUUUGGAGGAAGAUACUUUGGUUAUUUUUCUCAGUGAUAAUGGCCCGCCAUUCUUGAAUUCUAAAACGACACUGUACGACGCAGGUGUCCGGCUCCCAUUCAUCGUCCGAUGCCCGGGUGCUGCUUCGAAAGGUAUCGAAAAUCCGAAUAUGGUGUCUUAUGUUGAUAUUUUCCCCACGUUCCUCGAUUGGGCAGGACUUUCUCAAAAGGCGCCUAAAGGCUUAGCAGGUGUCUCCAUAUUACCCAUCAUCGACAAGACGAAUGUUGUUCCAGAGUCUGAAUGGAAGCACCACGUUUUCGGCUCACACACGUUCCACGAAGUGACCAACUACUGGCCAACGCGUUUCCUUCGAACGAGAAGAUACAAAUAUCACCGCAAUGUAGCCUGGCGUCUGGACUUUCCUUUCUCUGCAGAUCUCUAUGGCUCGCUUACUUGGGACGGGAUUCGACAUUCGCAACCUGUGGGGAAGGAGGGGGACAUCAUGGUUGGACCGAGAAAGCUAAAGGACUACUUUUUCCGGCCCCCAGAGGAGCUCUAUGAUCUUGACAAAGAUCCGUUGGAGGUCGUCAACUUGGCGAAAGACCCAGGUCAACUACAGCUUUUGUUGGAUCUACGGGGAAGGCUCGAGAAAUGGCAGGAUGAAACGCUGGAUCCGUGGCUGUAUCGAGAUGGUGUGAGUAAGAGGUUUAUCCAGCAUCAUCUAGAUGCGGGAAUGAUUGUGCCGGAUAGAUUUGAUCUGGAUCUUGACAACAUAAGGAUUAGAUAA